CUAAUCCUUCUAGUACCGAUUCAACUUUCAGCAUGCGAAUCCGAUCAAUGCAUGCGCGAAACGAACUCUUCUGAACUCUCAGUUUCGGUGCAAACUUCGAGGCGUUCGGACGUGAUUUUACGAGCGAUUAGUGAGCGACAGUUUUGCGGUCUACUUCGAUCAGUGUGAUUGGGAAGGUUUUUUGUUGGAUGAGGUGAGACGUCGUCGCCAAGAUGAAACCGUUGCUCAACCGAAACUGCUGGGCUGUGAUAUUGGGGCUGUUUGGCCUGGUGUGCGAUCAGGCCUGGUCGUACAGAAUUCUGGGACUAUUCCCACAUCCGGGCGCCAGCCAUUUCCACUUCUUCGAACCGGUUCUGAAGGGGUUGGCCGCGGCUGGACACGAGGUGACUGUCGUUAGCCACUUCCCGAAAGACAACCCACCGCCGAACUAUGUGGACAUACCGCUGGAAGGAAUGAAGUUGCUGUCGGACUCGGUUAGCUUUGAGCUGUUCGAGUACCGACCCGCCUUUUCUCACUUCAUGGAGUUUUUCAUGCUGUACGACUGGGGCAAGCAAGCCUGUGAUAAUGCACUCAAUUCGGCUGCCAUCAAACAGGUGCUGGAAUCCAAAGUCCAGUAUGACCUGAUAUUGGUGGAACAAUUCAACAAUGAUUGUAUGCUCGGUGUGGCGCACCUGUUAAACGCUCCCUUCAUUGGCCUCAGUAGCUGUCCGCUGAUGCCAUGGCAUUACGACCGAGUUGGCAAUCCCAUUAACCCAUCGUACAUCCCAGCACUGUUCAUGGGCUAUUCGGAGAAGAUGAGUUUCUCGCAGCGAACGGCUAACUUCAUCACCGCGCAAACUUUCAAGGCCAUGUACAGCUGGUUCAACGAUAAUGCCGCUAAUGCCAUGAUCAAACAGCGAUUCGGAGAUGGAAUGCCCGACAUCAAGGACCUCCAGAAGCGGACCAGCAUGAUGUUCGUCAAUCAGCAUUACUCGCUAAGUGGGCCAAAACCGUUGACUCCGGCUGUGAUCGAAAUCGGAGGUGCUCACAUUCAGGAGUUCAAGGAACUCGACCCCGAACUGAAGAAACUGCUGGAUACGGCCGACCACGGUGUAAUCUACAUCAGCUGGGGCUCGAUGAUCCGAGCUGAAACCCUGCCGGAGGACAAGCGGAAUGCGAUUCUGAGCGCUCUGGGCUCGUUCAAGCAACGGGUCAUCUGGAAGUGGGAAAACGAAACCCUACCGAAUCAGCCCUCGAACGUGUAUAUUAGGAAGUGGCUACCACAGAAGGAAAUCCUAUGUCAUCCAAAGGUUCGUGUCUUCAUGAGCCACGGUGGACUGCUAGGAAGUUCUGAAACGGCUUACUGCGGCGUUCCGGUGGUCGCUACUCCCAUGUACGGCGAUCAGUACAACAACGCUGCUGCACUGGAACACCGCGGAAUGGGCGUGGUCUUGCCGUAUGAACAAAUCACCCGCGAUACGGUCUACGAUUCGCUGAAGAAAGCACUCGAACCGGCCACUAUGGAGAAGGCCAAGCAAGUUUCGUACUCCUAUCGUAACCGCCCGAUGAAUCCGGUCCAAACGGCGGUUUGGUGGUGCGAGCACGUGGUCGCCACCGGAGGACUCCCGCUGGCCAAAUCCUACUCAACCGAACUGCCGUGGUACGUGUACCACCUGUUGGACGUAAACUUUGCCCUGCAUGCGUUCAACUUUGUGUACCACCUGUGCUGGUUCUGGCUGGUCAAGCGCGUUUGCUGUCGAGGCGUUUCGGCGUUCAGCGAACCAAAAGUGAAAACCAACUAGUGGGUUGGGCGUCGGAUUCGAAGCGUGAUAUAGACUGUAAUAGCAAAUAUUCUGAAGGCGGUAGAAUUAUUCACUUAGCCUCUGUGAGUUAAAGCAGUGAAAACUGCAAGCGGAAUGUUAAAUUCAUAGACAACAUUUUAGAUUAUUGUUCCAGUGUAUUGCAGAGGUUAUGUUUUUCCAACUAUUUGCUUUUAGCUAUUUUCGAAAAAUAGUUUAAUAGUAAAAACAACUGCGAACCUUACAACUAGUAGGUAGGUACUUUUUGAAACUGAUGGAAACGAGUAGUGUAUGUUCUAGAGGAAGUUCGAAUGGCCAGAAAAGAGAGUAGUUUUUAGUUAGUUGACUAUCACCAGUGUAAAUUUUAUUUCUUGUAAAAAUAUCUGAACCUAAUGUGUACAAUAAAUCACCACAUUUUCUAAAUGCCGCGACGGAACAAAGAUAAAGAUUAUCUGCUUA